AUGCGCGAUGCUAGUCGCCCGGUCCCUCCCAAGCUACCCCCUAGGCAACGUGUGUCGGAGCCGGCUGUUGCGGCCCAACCGUCCCUAUGUAUGCCAGCUCCGGACGAGCUAGACGUCAGUGUGCCCGCUCCUGGUGCAUUUGAGCCACCUAGCUCGCUAGAAGACGACCCUGAGGAGAAUCUAACCCAAGUACAGCUGCGAAAGCUGCUUGAAGAUGAAGAGAUAGACAGGUUCUUGCAUCUCUUCUCUGCCUAUGUCCGAGAAGCUAGGGUAUCAAAUUUUUCACAGCAGGCAUCUUCUGUUCAGACUGAAGAACAGCUUCCUUGCUCCGGUGCCGACGUUCUGGAGGCCGAAGAGACUGGCGACUGGGUGCCUUUGAAGCAAUCCGCGACUACUCCCUCUGAAACUCCGCCUCCCUAUACGCCCUCACAAUCCACGAAGGAGCGUAGCAUUUCAGAGCAGAUUGCCUUAGAUUAUGUAGUCCCCCGUUUACCUCCAGCUUCCCCUCCUCCGCCCUCAUUCACUCUUCAGCGACUUCAACUUGCUGUUCAGCGGAAUUUUCUAGCAUUCAAUUCAAUGGAUAGUCCUAUGGUUAUGCACCUGAUUCAGCUGGCCACCUGGCAGGACACGCAGACGAGCCGUUAUUACUGCUUCGCGUAUUGGUUUCUAUGGUAUCACAAUUUCCUCCUGCCCUCGUUGAUAUUGAGACUCUUGUAUUCUCUUAUUUACCACAAGCUGCAUCCGUUCCCGACUCUAGGGGAAAUUCGCAAUCAUCGGCGUGAAGUUGCCCGGGCAGACGAGCUCAGCGUAGCACUUACAUCUCGCCUUGCUGCAUCGCCCACGUACGAUGUCCAAGAUGUGUGGAAGCUUUUCAAGGAAAUGAACCGUACAAGGAAGCAGAAGAAGGUCGCUAAGAGCAAAAUGCAAGGCAUAGUCCCAAUGGCUGCGGCAAGCGAAGUGGACACUCAGGAAGCUCAAGUUGAAGUGGAAGAUCUUCCCCUAGCGCAGGACGUUGACCCCAAACAACUCGUAUUGUCAACCCUCAACCACCUCGCGGAUUUGCAUGAACGAGUGAAAAAUAUUUUCUUGUGGCGGAAGCCGUCAGCAUCCCUACUGUGUGGAAUGAUUCUUUUCGCUACUUUUUUCUUUACUCUGCUUCCCGCGAAAUAUCUUGUCAAAAUUUGUGGAUUUGCUUUUGGUAUGUGCUUCUGGCACGUCGUUCCUAUCGUAGCAGCUAUUCCACCUGAAGACCGCGCUCGAAUGCCGAUUCCAUUGCAUGACGUUCCGACCGACGCUGAUUAUGCUAUGGAGCUCAUUUCGCAACGAGUAGCCCUUGGGCUUGAUAUUAAACCACGGCGCUCUUCUAAGGAUGACAAUCAAUUUGGAGACUCGGAGAUCUCUUCGCUUCGCGGCGAGGAAUCCCAAGGAUCGUCUCAAGCAGGAUCCAGCUCUGCGGUAGACUGGAAGAAAUGGGGAAAUCGUGUUGCGGCAACCAAAUCUCAUACUGGGAAUGUCAAAAAGAUGUUCCAGGACGGACAAUGGAAGCGGCCGGAAAAUUGGAUGGCUUUGAAUCCUCUCGCGCCAAAGGAAGCCUUACCGCGUGAUACGACGCCACUGCGAGUUCAAACGUACACCUUCCCUGCUCAAUACGCUAAAUCAUCGGGUUUGAUCACGUUGACAUCGGAUACGUUUCACUUCACUUCGCUGCUCUCGUCUAGUGCGAAGCUGUCCAUUCCGCUUGCGGAUGUGCGCAGUGUCAAAAAGACGGGGCCAAUGCGAGGUCUGAAUGUUCAAUGGGCGCGCGCAGGGUUGAAUGGGCAGAUGGAAGAGCGGGAGGAGAAGUUUUUCUGGGAAGGCGCCCUUGCGCGUUCUUUCUUUUUGCGAGCCCCCGUCUGCACUGCGUUACUCUUCAUCCCCAGGACGCUGCACUUGCCUCAAGUGACCCCGAUCGAAAUGUUUUUCACCCCGGAGCUCUUGGAAAAGCGAGAGAGCGGGUUUGGUCUACUCUGGCUAGCUGCUACUCUCGGUGCCAAAUCGUCCUUCAAGAAAUUGCCGAAACGCUCUGUUCUAACUGCUGACAUCGCGCAACUAUGUGGUUUGAUUGCAGAGCCUGCUGAACCUCUUGCUCUCAGAUUAUCUAGCAAUCUCAUGAUUGGCGUCGCUCGAGUGUACAAAGGUGUCAAGCAGGAAAUAUUUCUAACUGAUGUCACCACGUGCUUUACUUCGCUCAAGAAAGUUGUACACGAAAUGCAUUCUUCCACAGAGGGUUCCGCUGGUCUGCAAAUGGGACAGCCCAGUCUACGGCCUGACAUCCUGACUAUUGUCGAGGAUCCUGGGACUGCUUUCGCCUUGAAUUUUGACGCUAUGUUUGGAGAUUGGGAUGACGGUGCUCAAGACAGAGGGAAUUCUGACGCAGAAGAAUCUGAUGAUGAAUUCGAUCCUAUUACGAAGAAGGGUAAGCAUAAAGCAAAGGGUAAGGCCAAGGCAAAAACAAGGCCGCCGUCUUCUGCCCUGAGCGAAAACCCAAGAGUCAAUUUGCACACCCUAGAAGAAAAUUACGAGCAUUUAUUCUCUGGGUCUUUCGAUGCAUCGUUCAACGGUAGUGGUCUCGGGGGUAUCGUAGUCUCGUCAGGGAAUACUGAGGGUGGUUUUGGCUUUGGCAAUGACUUGUUCGAUUUGCCGGAAGGUAUAGACUUCAGUAGAGAGAUCGGCGAUGAACUGGCGAGAGAAUUAGGAGAAGGCUGGGGUGCCUCUCCGGACAAGGGCAAGAAUGGGAUGGAUGUGGAUCCCUUUAUGGAUCCAGCAGAUGGCGCCCUGGAGAUGGAUUUCCAAUUCGAGAAUCUUGACAACGGAGGACUUCUAAAUCAUGUAGCUGACAAUGUCUCACAGCGUAGAGAGAUACAGACGUAUGAUGCCAGAGAUUCAUCGCAAGAUGAUAUGGUUGUUGUGCAACUUUCGCCCCUGGGUCCCAACCAAGAUGUCAGCGAUGACUUACAAUUAGGCGCAUCCAAUAAUGAGGCUCCCACUGCGCCUACACAAAAGAAGGCCAAGCGCGUUAGGCUCUUACUUGAUGCUAGAACUGAAUUGACCGACGAGGAGCUGAAAGCAGCCCGUGAAAACUAUCUGGAGGGUCAAGACACACUUCGGCGGAACAUUGCCCAGAAAAGGAUCGAAAAGGAGAGCGGAAAAUUAAUUGAGGACAUAUUAUGGGGUGUACCGCGUGGCCUUGACGCGCCCAUUCUUGCCGACUUCUGGACGGAGAAUUUCAAGGUGCAGGUGGAAGCUCAAGCAGGGACGCUGCAUAUAGAGUCUCAGGAGCCUCCCGCUAAGCGCAGGCGGCUCAAUGAACAGGAUCGCGACGAGGACUAUGUCAACAAAGUAGAGGUCAGAUUGAACGAGCAGAACAAUAAUAAUGUCGACACCGGGUUCAUGAUUGAUGAUCUGAAUGACAUGGACCACCCAGAAGGUGUGCAGGAAGGUCCAACAUGGGACUUAGACUCAAGAAUGCGUUCCUCCGAAGAGCCUGGUCAAGCGCGUCAUAUUUCCAGACCUCCUUCAUUGUUUGGCGGCCAACUUGAAAUAGGUGGCCCCGGUCCAGACUUCCUAUCGGGUUCCCAGAAGAGCGCCUUGUUUCCCUGGGACAACGCUGGAAUUAGUUCAUCUGUCAACGGGGCUUCUCUCGACUUUGGCAGCAUGAGACAAAGCUUCACUCGCGCUGAUACUGCGCUGAGGGGGAGCUCUGUAAGCAGCAGGCGGGAAAGCUCACUACAACCUGGCAGGCUUCAAGGUUCUCCUCUUGAUUUCGGCGUGAGGCAUUCGCAGAUUCCGGGAGAAGACCCAGCAGCAUUCGAUAGUCAGCAAUCCGAUCUUAACAUAAUGGCUCUGGAGCGCCACUCUUUCAAUUUCCUCGAAUAUGCUAAAAUGCAGCUACAGACGUUUCCGUCUGCCACUUCCACGCUGACUUUUGAUGAUGUGGUACCUAAAGUGACUAGCACGCCCCAUGUUGCUGCGGCUGCAUUCUAUCAUUGUUUAGUUUGCAAACGACUUGUUCUUGAACCUAUGCGCAAGCAGCUAGAUCCGCGUCUUCCUAUCUUAAUCAACAACAAUGUCAAGAAGAACCACCGCUCGUUCAUAGUACUAGUCGGGGACAAGGGAAGGGACCAGAUCGUAAAUCUGCACUUCCUACUAUCCCAAGCUCGGGUAUCUGCCCGACCAUCUGUCUUAUGGUGCUAUAAGAAAGAGCUGGGCUUCACGAGUCACCGAAAGAAGCGAGAGGCCAAGAUCAAACGAGAUGUAAAGCGCGGCAUACGGGAACCGAAUGAGCAAGACCCGUUCGAAAUCUUCAUCACUGUGACCGACAUCCGGUAUACGUUCUACAAGGAGUCACACAAGAUUUUGGGCCAGACGUACGGCAUGUGUGUGCUACAGGACUUCGAGGCGAUCACGCCAAAUCUAUUGGCGCGUACCAUUGAAACAGUAGAGGGCGGUGGUUUGGUUGUGAUCCUUCUGAAAACGAUGGCAUCAUUGCGACAACUGUAUACGAUGACAAUGGACGUGCACGCUCGAUACAGAACGUCGGCUCACGAUACCGUUGUUGCUCGCUUCAAUGAGCGAUUCAUUCUCUCCCUGGGCUCCUGCGAAGAUUGCUUAGUACUGGAUGACGAGCUGAAUGUUCUACCGUUAUCCCGCGGCAAAGAUAUCGUACCCCUCGAAGAGGAACGCGGGAAAGGUAAGGCCGAGUCCGAGUUGAAUGAUCUCAAAGACAGUCUGGCGGAUACGAAACCAAUUGGCGACCUCGUCAAGCUGGCUAAGACAAUUGAUCAGGGACAAGCGAUCCUAACGUUCGUUGAUGCCAUUGCAGAGAAGACACUUUCAUCGACCGUUGCACUGACCGCUGCUCGGGGCCGCGGGAAAUCUGCUGCCCUUGGAUUAGCAAUUGCUGCUGCACUCUCGCACGGAUACUCGAAUAUAUUCGUGACGAGUCCUAGUCCGGAAAACUUGAAGACGCUGUUUGAAUUUAUAUUCAAGGGGAUGGACGUGUUGGGUUAUGAAGAGCACCUUGAUUAUGAUAUCGCGCAGAGUACGAAUCCCGACUUCAAUAAGGCGAUCGUCCGGGUGAACGUUUUCAGGCAACAUAGACAAACUAUCCAGUAUAUACAACCUCAAGAUGCCCAUGUUCUAGGGCAAGCGGAAUUGGUCAUCAUCGACGAGGCUGCUGCGAUCCCAUUACCUCUCGUCCGGAACCUCCUGGGCCCAUACCUUGUGUUCAUGGCCUCUACCAUCAACGGCUACGAAGGCACAGGCCGUUCCCUUUCUCUUAAACUUAUCCAACAGCUACGCGAGAACACCCGUCCAUCUCUCACAAAAGAUGCCGCCCCCGAAGAGGAUGGCACCACCGCCGCUAGCUCGUCUUCCAAAAAAGUACUUGCAAAAGCGCCACCAAAAGCGCGCUCACUGCGCGAAAUCAAACUUGAGACACCCAUUCGGUAUGCGCCAGACGAUAAAGUCGAGAAAUGGCUCAACGGCCUGCUCUGUCUCGAUGCGACGCUUACUCCGUCGCAGGGCGUGCACAGCACACCGCACCCGUCGCAGUGUGAACUAUUCUACGUAUCGCGCGACACCCUCUUCAGCUACCACCCCGCAUCUGAGGUCUUCCUCCAGCGCAUGAUGGCGUUGUACGUGGCUAGCCACUACAAAAACCAGCCAAACGACCUGCAACUGUUGUCCGACGCUCCCGCACACCACCUCUUCGUGCUCCUCCCGCCUAUCAAGGACGACGAGAGCCGCCUUCCGGAGCCGCUUGUUGUGUUGCAGGUCGCACUGGAAGGGAACAUCAGCCGGCAGGCGAUCCUGGACGGGCUCAGUCGUGGAUUCCGUGCAGGUGGAGACAUGAUACCUUGGUUGGUUGCGCAACAGUUCCAGGAGAAUCGAUUUGCGCAGCUCUCGGGCGCGCGCAUCGUCCGAAUUGCAACGCACCCAGAUUAUGCGAAUAUGGGCUACGGAGCUCGCGCGUUGCAGGCGCUGAACUCGUUCUACAGCGGGGAGUACUUCAAUCUAGAUGAGGUGUCCCAGCCCGAGUUAUCCUAUCCGGAUCCGGCUGUGAUAGAUGAUGCAACAACACUCUUAACAGACAUUCCAACGAUCCGCUCAGCCACAGCGAUGCCACCGCUUUUACGACGUCUCACAGAGCGCAAGCCCGAGAUGCUCGAUUAUCUUGGUGUAUCGUACGGUCUGACGCCCCAACUGCUCAGGUUCUGGAAGCGCGCGGGAUAUGUACCCCUGUAUGUACGGCAGACGACCAGCGAGCUCACCGGGGAGCACACAUGCGUGAUGGUUCGCGGGUUGAAUACAUCUACGGAUGAGGAGCUGCAAUGGCUCGGAGAGUUUGCGAAAGACUUUCGCCGGCGAUUCCUCUCGCUGCUCUCCUUCAAGUUCCGCGAAUUCGGCAGCGUCACCGCUCUGAGCAUUCUGGAAGCCGCGAACAAUGGCGCGAAAAGACUCGCACAGGAUAGCGCGAAGGAGCUUUACAAUACUGAACUGUCUAUGCUACUCUCGCCGUUUGACCUCAAGCGCCUGGAGUCAUAUGCCAACAACACGCUAGACUAUCACGUCGUACUGGACCUGCUCCCCACGGUCGCCGCGCUGUAUUUUGAGAAGCGCCUCGGGGAUGACGUGCACCUGAGCGCGGUACAGAGCUCGAUCCUGCUCGCGCUGGGGCUGCAGCGCAAGACGAUCGAGGAAGUUGAGGCGGAACUGCAGGUCCCCGUGUCGCAGGCAUUGGCGCUAUUCGCCAAGGUUAUCAAGAAGAUUAGCAAGCGGCUGCUCGACGUCCAGCGCGCCGCCGUGAGUGCGGAGAUCGCGGACGCGUCUACUGCAACAGCGGCGGCCACACGCGUCGAUGGCGGCGUCGGCGCGACGAACUGGAAGCCGGUGGAGACGAGCCUGGAGGCGGAGCUGAAGGAUGCGGGGGAUGAGGCGACACGGGCGCUGCGAGAGAAACAGCGCGAAAUGAUCGGGUCGCUGGAUUUGAGCAAGUACGCAAUCGACGACGGCUCAGUGGCAGACUGGAGCGCGGCGGAGGCGCAGGUUGCGCGCCUGGCGAGCGGGGGUGGGGGGAAGUCAACGGUAGUGAGUGUGAAGGCGACGGGGGCUGUGACGAGCCAGAAGCGGAAAGCGGAAGAGGGCGAGGGCGGCGACAAGGUGAACGAAGGGAAGAGAAGGCACGUGGAUAAGGAGAAGGAGAAGAAGGGCGCGCGAAGGACCAUGAAGAAAGCCAAGCGGUAG